CACAGAUCUCAUCAUGUCAUCCAUCUUAAGUACUCUCGGCCUCCAGGCCACCCCCGACCAACAAGUUGCCAACCACGCGGUGGCCUAUCUGAUAUGGAACUGGUUCUUCGCGCACGGAGUCCUCAGCACCCGACCCGCCAAGCGACUCCUCCGCCUCGACCACAAUGUGGCGCCGCGCGACGACCUCACAACCUACGGCGAGGCCGCCGUGCAAGCAGGCAAAAUCACGCGGCGACAACUGAACCGAUUGAAGCGACAGGAAGCAGCACAUUCCAAUGCGAUGGAGGGAUUUCCACUAUUUGUGGCAGCGAUUCUGGUGGCGUUGCACACAGACCUCCCGAAUGAAACAAUCAAUGGGAUUGGGGCAUGGUAUACGUUGUCGCGGGUGGCGUUUGGAUUGGCAUAUGUGUUUAUUGAGUCGGAGGGGUGGAGCUUUUUGCGGUCGGUGUUGUGGUGGUCGGGGAAUGUGAGUUGUAUUACGGCGUUGGUGGCGGGGGGGAAGCGGUUGUGAUUUGCCUCUAUUUUCGGGGUUGGGGAUAUCUGAUGGUGAUACGGAGUACUUGAUCAAGGGGUUGCAUAAUUGGGAGGAAGAUGGGAGAUUGGGAUCUCCGGCUGGAUUGUUGGGAUGACGAUCUGCGGGGUACCGAGGUUAUUCUUCCUGGCGGGUUAAUGGAUCAGAC